AUGUCAAACAAAGCAUUAGCAACAAAUCGUACAAUUGAACUAAAUGAUGGAAAUAAAAUUCCAGCACUUGGUUUAGGCUCAGCUACACCACCAGAAGAUCAUCAACGUUUAAUUGAUGCUGUUAAAGCUGCUGUUCGUGCAGGUAUUCGUCAUAUUGAUACUGCUUGGUAUUAUGGAAGUGAACCAUAUAUUGGUCAAGCAUUAAAAGAAUUAUUUGAUAAUGGAGAAGUUCAAAGAAAAGAUUUAUUUAUUACUUCAAAAGUUUGGCCUGCAUUAUGGGAUAGAGCUGAACAAUCUUUGAAACAAACUUUAAAAGAUUUAGGUGUUGAUUAUGUUGAUUUACUUUAUCAACAUUGGCCAGUUUGUUUCAAGACUGAUGAAGAUGGAUUACCAAAGAAACCAUUUGAUGAAAAUGGAGCUAUCAAAUUUGAUGAAAAGGGAGAUUAUUUAGAAACUUAUAAACAAAUUUUAAGAUUAAGAGAUACUACAAAUCAUGUUAAAAGUAUUGGUGUUUCAAAUUAUACUGAAAAACAAUUGGAUCGUUUAAUUGAAGAAGUUGGAGUUUUACCAGUUUUAAAUCAAAUUGAAUUACAUCCAAGAAUCCCACAAAAGAAAUUAGUUGAAUAUUUUGAAGCUAAAGGUGUUAAAAUUGAAGCAUUUUCACCAUUUGGUGCUCAAGGUGCACCAUUAUUAAAAGAACCAAAAGUUGAAGAAUUAGCUCAAAAAUAUGAUGUUUCACCAAAUGAGAUCUUAACUUCAUAUCAUAUUAUGAGUGGUAGAAGUGUUGUUCCAAGAACUUCCACUGCAGAAAGAGUUAAUCAAUUAAUACAUUUAGCUCAAUUAACUAAAGAAGAAAUUGCAGCAUUGGAUCAAAUUGGUAUUGAUGAACCUAAAAGAUUUAUCCAAGAAGAUUGGGGAACUGAUAUUGGUUUUGAACAUUGGAAAAAAGUGCCUUCUUGGGAGGAAAAGAAAUGA